UACCAACUAUCCUUUGGAUAAUAGUGAAAACUGAGAUAAAAAGUCAAUGGAGAAUCUGGAGGUUUUGGAAGAAUUUGCGGGCGUUGAAUCAACUGCCGUGAAGAAUAUGGCGAUCUAGUCUGGCCGAUGAAAUUUCCCGGAACAUCACUUCUUCAGGUAGCAAAUUCGUCAAGUACUUUGUCAUGGAAUGCAGAUGCUCACGAAACAUCAUCGCCAGAUCUCCCGGCGCCAACUUGUUGUAUCUUCCUGUAUACACCUUAUAGUCUUCAGCCCCUGUUUUCUGACUUCUAGCACUAUACAUGUGUGGGGCUGCGUCUGGGAGAUUAAGCUCCCACCUGCAGUUUCCCCUGGAUGGCAGCUUCUUCUGUCUCGGUUGAGAGCUGUCACCAAUCAUUCACCAGCAGAACUAUCUAACUGUUUCGAUAUAAAUCGCAAUCCUUUCUCAGAAAACUCUCGAUGGGGCGUCCAUCUUCAUCUGAGGCAGUAACCUCGACGAUGAGCUCUUCCUUGGUACAGGUGCCGAAGAAGAAUGAGCACUCAGCCGCCUUCUCACCACCGAGAACUUGGUUCGGCAGCACCGUAACGCCACCCAAGGAUCAUGCGAAGCCCGAGGCGUCGACCGCCGGUACGCGAAUGCUGUCGACCGGUAUAGAGCUGCAUAGAGUUUUCUGCUUCUUCGACGAGGACUGUGAUGGAAAGAUCUCCGCGACGGAGCUCCAGAGCUGCAUGCGGGCCAUGGGCGAGGAGUUGUCUCACGAGGACGCAGUGGCGGUGGUGGAGUCCAUCGACAGUGACGGCGAUGGCUUGCUGGGGUUCGACGACAUCGUGAGGCUGGUGGACGGGGAGGGGGAGAACGAGAAGGAGCAGAACAUGAGGGAGGCCUUCCGGAUGUUCGAGAUGGAGGGAGAAGGAUGCAUCACGCCAAAAAGCCUCCGUAGUGCACUUGAGCGGCUGGGUGAGUCGAAGAGCAUGGAGGAGUGCCGGAACAUGAUCCGGCGGUUUGAUACCAACGACGAUGGUGUCAUCAGCUUCGAUGAGUUCAGGAUCAUGAUGCUGUAGACAAUUGUCUAUACCUUUGAUUCAUAUGCAUAAAUGAAUAAGAAAUCAUCGAUCAGAGACUUACGAGCCACGGGAACAUCGAGAGUCAGAGUUGGAGAUCGAUCGUCCUAACUUUUUUGGCACCUAUCAUGUGUUUGUUCUUGGGAUUAUACGUACUCGUUUCCGCUU